GCUCGUGGUGUAAAUGCACGUGCAACGCACCAACUGCUAUAAAAAGGUAAACUAUCGUGGAGAUUUCAGUAGAUUUUUGUUGGCGACAAUAAUAAGACAGCUACUGAAAAUGAUUGGGCUUCGAAUGUUCGCUGUUUUCUUCAUUUUGUCCGCAGUAGAUUAUGCUGUUGCCUUGCCGAACGAUACGAUUUUAAUAAUCACCCCACGAUGUUCCGAUUUAACUUUGAAAAAGCCAAGUAUAGAGAUUGUAACCGAUCUUUCUAUUACUGCUUACGCCCAAUGUAAGAAUGCUAAAGUUAGCUUCAGUUCUAGCGAUAAUGUUAAUUUUUAUUUAAAUGGUACAUACUUAAAGACCUCGGCUAAAGAUAUUUGCCAGUUUUACAAACGCCAAGGUGCCAAUGUUUACACUGUGGACGUUAAUGUUGCGUGGGGCGAGUUUGGUGGUACCGUAAGAACCCAUACAGAAGUUAAUAGUGUCACUUGUACCUUCGAUGACUAUGGGAAGAAGAACACAACUGAAAAAGUAAUAUCUGAAAGUGUUCUGGCUCCAGUUGAAAUAUUAAGAUCUAUGGGAUCAGAAGAUAAGAAUGCAUUCCAACUGGAUAUUCAAAAUGUUUUGAAUAAAACAAUUAAAGGGAAUAUUGCCUUAGGAAGAGUUGUGUCUAUCGCCGCGACAGGGAAGGGCAACGGACUAAGGGUAAUAAGUUGUACCGCCAUAGCUAAUACUAACGAUGGGAAAGCUGUUAAAUCGGUCAUACUGAGCGGCGGGUGUGGUAAUGGUCGAAUAUAUGGUAAAAAGGAGGGCUUUUAUACGGUUGGAAACAUUGCCAGAAGUCCUUUCUUUAAUAUGUUUGCAAUACGAAAUUUGGCAAAUGUGAAGUUUGAAUGCCUUGCAACAGUAUGCAGAACAACUUGUAAUGGGAGUGGUUGUGACCUGGAAAAGCAACGCCGAAAACGAUCAUCUGAUGAAAAGAUCAUGAUUAGAAGUGAACGCAUCUUCGUCGACAAUUGGACAAUGAAUAAAUACUGAAUCUGCAGAUUGUCCCAGAGUUUUUACUUUACAGGGGCAUUUAAUGUAUAAUGCAUUUAAUAAAAUGGUUGUAGGUUAA